UGUGUGAGUGAGUGUGUGUGUGUGUGUGUGUGUGUGAGUGAGUGUGUGUUUGUGAGUGUGUAUGUGAGUGUGUGUGUGUGUGUUAUGUGGAAACAUAUCUCAUGCAGUACUAAUAGCACACCGACUCCUAAAUACAGACAAGCUGUAAACAAGCAACUAAACCUGGGAAGUAUCAGAGAGGAGUCGCUCGCAGACGCAGCAUCAGUUCCCAUCAUGAGGACGGAUCGGAUCGACAUUCCUGUGUAUGAUCUCUCACUGAUCCGACAGCUGUGGGAGGGACGAGAGAACAAGUUCAAACAGCGGCAGAAGAAAGAGGAGGAACGAUUGGAGAAAAGUGCUCUGGCCAAAGUCAAUCAGCAAUGGCAGUAUCAUAUCGCGUGCAGAAAGUUAAAGAGUGCCGAGGUCACGGCGCUUCAGUGUUAUUUGGAGAGAUCGACUCUCGCAGAACUCGACCUCCAGCCCGCCGAUAAUAAAGACAGUGAAACAGAAGACAAGAGAUUCAUUUUUGAGAUGACUGGAGAUAAAUGGAGGAAGUUACCCGAGGAUCUUCAGUUCAUGACGUAUCUCAGAGAAUGGCACAUUCGAGGAACAAAGAUACCCGAGAUUCCCACAUACAUCGAAACGUUUGUGGAUCUGCGUGUGCUGGACGUCCAGAGAAAUGGAUUCACAAAACUGCCAGUCGAGAUCGGAAAUCUGAUCAAUCUGAGGGAAUUAAAUGUCAAUUAUAAUAAACUGUUGAGCAUUCCAGCCGAACUCGGAGACUGUGAGAAUCUCGAACGAUUAGAGAUGACGGCAAACGGAAAUCUGACUGAACUGCCCUUUGAGCUGAGAAAUCUGAAGAAACUGAAGCACUUGGACAUGUCGGAAAAUAAAUUUCCCAGUAUUCCCAUCUGUGUCCUUCGUAUGGAAAGUCUGAAAUUCUUCAAUAUCAGUAACAACAGACUCCAAGACCUGCCUGAAGACAUGGACAGGCUGGAGUCUUUAGAGAACGUGUUCCUUCACAAAAACAGGCUGAAGUUCGUGCCGCUGUCCAUGGCAAACCUCAUUCAUCUGAAGAUGCUCGUCGUGAGCGCUGAUGAGCUCUACAGCAUCCCGUCCAAAUUCGUUGACAAUCCUGAUAUCAAAUUAAUCCGAUUAUAUGACAAUCCAAUAAACGUCCAGGAUGAAGACGUGAAGCAUCAGGACGAUCACGAGAAGGAGUUUAUGAAGACAUACAUCGAGUCUCUUCAGGAUAGAGACACUCAACCGACAUACACGACUAAAGUGUCUUUGAGCUGUCUGCUGUGACAUCAUCAGAUCAUCAAUCAAGUGUCAGCGAUACAUCCGUCACUAUCACCGAAUAUUCUCCUUUAUAUGCUAGAAGUGUGACACGCGCAUUCUGUAGGAUAUUUCAACAUUUCAACCGCUUUCCGUUGAUGGUGUGUAGCGUCCGGAUUGUCACUGGAUUCAGAACCCAUGUGACACAAUAAUUCACUUUUGGAAUUGGAACGUUGGAACGGUUUGGUUUGUGACCAAAUGCACGUGUUGAUGUAAUGUGUCCAUGUUUGAUACAUUAUUAGUAUGACUGUAUCUGAAGCAUGCUCAUAUAUUUGCCAUAAAUACAACAUGCAGUGACUCGUGUUAAAAAUAAACAUCCCAAUCAUGGAAUAUAAAUUGGUUUAUUGAAACAUUGAUCAGUUAAACACGUGUAACAGAUAUCCGCUGACAGUACUGAGCAUAUGAACGCUUCACGUCAAUAUAAUCUCUUCAGAGGGCGUCUACAACCAAUGAGCAUCAGCAUUCAAGACAACGUCUGCAUAGAAAUGAGGAAUGCCACGAGCUAUGAAACAAAGUUCAGUUCAUUGAAAAACAUGAUUAUGAGUUUAGUUUUGAGUUUAGCUCAGAACUCAUCGAGUGAAUACACGCCGAUAUACAGCAAACACACUCUCUACAACUCACUUCCUGUGUGACAUCAUUGUCAAGUACGCAUAUCUUAUAUUAUUAUAUUAUAUUGUCAAGGAGCAGCAAGGAGUUCUGAUCGAGUCACAGACAGCAGGAAAAACGAUGCUGAAUGCAGAUAAUAAAUGCAAUUAAAUAAAUGAUCAUGCAUAGUUAGAAUAGCAAAAUGACUAACGUUGCAACUUUUAAAAGGGAGAAAAUGCUCCCCAUAUCUGGUCAUGUGUCCAAUCAAACUAAUUCAUCUGUCAGUUGGUAGAAGCUCAUUAAAUGAUGUGCACAUGGACCGAUUGUGUGACAUGAACUCAUCCUCAAGACAACAUUAUUUGUGCAUAAACAUUGAUAUGUUUUGUGUGGUGAAUUAUACAUCUGUAUGAAACAACUGAAAUAAAAGCGCUAUUUAGAAACGAAUAAUAAAGCAAUAAUAUCAAUGUUUCAUUUAAAGGACAUUUUUGUUUAAUUUUGUGCAAUCAAAUAUUGCUACGGUGCUCAUAAAUCUGGAUCCUAAAGCAAAACCAGUUGAGAACCAAUUGUGCCCUGAUGUCUAACAUCGUACAAAGACAUUUAAAAGACUCUUCAAUUAAAUAAUGAAUCACAUAGAAAAGUAAAUAAAAGUGUGCUUGGAUUUUUUGGGAAGUGUGUGUGAGUGUGAGUGUGUGUAUGUGUGUAUGUGAGUGUGUGUAUGUGAGUGUGUGUGUGUGUGUAUGUGAGUGUGUGUGUAUGUGUGUGUUUGUGUGAGUGUGUGUGUAUGUGUGAGUGUGAGUGUGUGUAUGUGUGUAUGUGAGUGUGUGUGUGUAUGUGUGAGUGUGUGUACGUGAGUGUGUGUGUGUGUAUGUGAGUGUGUGUGUAUGUGUGUGUAUGUGUGAGUGUGUGUGUUUGUGUGAGUGUGUGUGUAUGUGUGUGUGUGAGUAGGUGUGUGUUUGUGUGUGUGUGUAUGUGUGAGUUUGUGUGAGUGUGUGUGUGUGAGAGUGUGUGUAUGUGUUUGUGUGAGUGUGUGUGUGAAUGUGUGUGUAUGAGUGUGUGAGUGUGUGUAUGUGUGUGUGUGUGUGUGAGUGCGUGUAUGUGAGUGUGGGAGUGAGUGAGUGCGUGUAUGUGAGUGUGUGUAUGUGUGUGUGUAUGUGAGUAUGUGUGUGUGUGUAUGUGUGUGUGUAUGUGAGUAUGUGUGUGUGUGAGUGCGUGUAUGUGAGUGUGGGAGUGAGUGAGUGCGUGUAUGUGAGUGUGUGUAUGUGUGUGUGAGUGUGUGUAUGUGAGUGUGGGAGUGAGUGAGUGCGUGUAUGUGAGUGUGUGUAUGUGUGUGUGAGUGCGUGUAUGUGAGUGUGGGAGUGAGUGAGUGCGUGUAUGUGAGUGUGUGUAUGUGUGUGUGUAUGUGAGUAUGUGUGUGUGUGAGUGUGUAUGUGAGAGUGUGUGUGUGUAUGUGAGUAUUAUUUUGUCCGAUACCGAUUUUAAGAUAAAUCUAUAGAUUUUGCCACUUUCCUUAUGUUG